GGCGUGCCGUACAACAUGUACAUGAGCUAAUGUGCAAUCUAUAUGGAGGGCUUCCUUGUUGUCCUUCUUCUCUAUCGUCUUGGGAAAGUUUUCCAGCGCGAAGAAAUCACAGAUCAGACGUACUUUGACACUGAACCUUCCACUUUCCAUAUAGGAUAUCGCUCUUGGGAAGGUCUAAUGCCGAGUCAAAGUAUGGCCAAUCUGACUACUAGCGGGCGUAUAAUUGUCGCCUCGAUGAGUCCCCGUGUAUCGAAUACCGUCGAACAAGACACGAUAACGGGAUCUAUGACGCAUCGUCACUUUCAGCGAAGCCUUCUACCAGCUUCUCAAAUCGAAACAGUACCGAUGAUUGUGUGUCCUAAGAACCUGUACGCCAUUAAAAGUGCCUCAAUGUCCCUCAAAAUCAGGAGAAGGUAUGGACGCUCGCCUUCAGGCACUUUGGGGGCUUGGAACAAGCCGAAUUGGUCUCUGGCCUGCGCGAUAUGUUGAUCUGCGCCGCAGCAGCUAACAAACAUGCCAAGAUCAAAACAGAAUGAUGGACGUCUUUAGCUUUCACUAAAACCUCAGUAUCUGA